GGACUGACGAACGUGGCAUCGGUAUGAAGGUGUACAACUUUUUGACCGUAGCGUUGGAGAUAGCAGUGCUCUACGUGAAGAUGACAGCUAUGUGGAUCUACUGUAUCUACGAGUUCUUCGUGCCUCCAGAACCUAAGAGCGUCAAGGGAGAAAUCAUACUUAUUACAGGUUCCGGUCAUGGUAUGGGUCGGGAGACAGCACUGCGACUCGGAAACUUGGGCGGAAUUGUCAUAUGCGUCGAUAUCAACGCUGAAAACAAUCAAGAGACCGUGGAUAUGAUCAAGGAGGAUAAGGGGAAGGCACACCCAUACGUAUGUGACGUGACAGAUCGCGAGGCAGUGAACGCAUUGGCUGAGAAGGUUCGUCGCGAGGUUGGCGAGGUGACGAUGCUCGUGAACAACGCUGGGAUCAUGCCCUGCAAGCCACUGCUGCAACACUCCGAGAAAGAGAUUCGCUCCGUGUUUGAAGUUAACAUACUUGCCCACCACUGGUUGGUGCAAGCUUUUCUGCCAAGUAUGAUGGAACGUAACCAUGGUCAUAUCGUGGGUCUGUCGUCAAUGGCAGGCGUGGUGGGGCUCCGCAACCUGGUCCCGUACUGCGCCACCAAGUUCGCCGUGUGCGGGUUCAUGGAAGCUUUACACGAGGAGCUGCGAGAGGAUCCCAGAGAUUUCAGUGGUAUUAAACUGACCGUAAUAUGCCCGUUCAUAAUUGACACUGGCUUGUGCAAGAAACCGCGGGUCAAAUAUCCAAGCCUGAUAAAGAUCCUGACACCUGGUGAAGCCGCUGAUAAAAUAGUGGACGCGAUACGACGCAACUACCACGAGAUAACCAUCCCCAGCUCCCUCUACUACAUCAACCAGAUGUGCAGAACUAUGCCACGACGAGUACCUCUCUACCUGAAAGACUUCUUGGACUCUGGGCUGGAUGCUCAUUAA